AUGGAGCCCGUGGGCACCUGGAGCCCGGCACGGGCGGCCGCCUGGCUCCGAGGGCUGGACGCCGAGGUGCAGGGGUACCCCUUCGAGGCGUGGGGGCUGGCGGGGCCCGACCUGCUGGGGCUGUCGGCCGGGGGGCUGGAGGAGCUGGGCGUGUGGCCCCUGGGCCACCAGGAGCUGCUGCUGGAAGCCGUGGAGCAGCUCCGUGCCCUGGACGCGGGGCUGGGCAGCACCAGCCUGCGGACCCUGACCGAGCGGCUGCGGGAGCUGGCCCUGGGCACCCAGAGCCUGGUGCUGGGGGGGCCACCGGCAGGGGCUGCCCCCCGGCCGCCCCCCCUCACCCUCCUGGCCCGUGUCGUCGACCUGGUGGCGGCUGCCAAGGGGCUCUUCUCCUGGCUGAACAGGUACCUCUUUUCCACCCUCAACGACUUUUCGGCCAGCCGGGACAUCGUCCUGCUCUGUGCCCAGCUGGCAGAGACCCUGCAGGCGGACUGCCCUGCAGCUGAGAGGGACGGUCGGAUCCUGAGGAUUUGCCAGCACAUUGGGGGCAUCUGUGAGAGCAUCCUGGGCUGCAGCCCCCCCACGCUGCUGGACUGCAGGGCUGUGCUGGAGCGUGUGGGGCUGGAGCUGCCCCCCGGCCCACGGGGCAGCCCCCCAGUGACCCCCGACACCCCGACGCUGCCUCAUGGCCUGUGGGACAGCCCUCCAACAUCUCCUGACACACCAACGAUGCCCACCAGCCCAUGGGGAAACACCUCCAGGUCCCCUGACACCCCACCACUGCCUCCUGAGGCCCCAGGAAGCCCCCCACUGCUCCCCACCACCCCACUGGGCCUCAAGAUCACCUCUACCAGCUCCUGCCUACACUUCGUGUCUGCAGCCACCUCGGAGGCCCUGGCUGCCCACGGGGGUCGCAUCCUGCCCGGGGAUGAGAUCGUGCAGGUCAAUGAGCAGGUCGUGGUGGGUUGGACACGUGUCAAUCUGGCAAAGAAGCUGCUGGAGAAGGCGAGCGGGGUGACACUGGUGCUGAAGAAGCUCCCCCUCGACCUGCCCGGCUGGCCCGCCUCUCCCGUGCAGCAGCUCCCAGGAGCGUUUUUGGAUACUGUGGAUCCUCCCGACACCAGGAGCUGUGAGUGUCCGGGGAGCCCCGUGUCCCUGACCUCCAGUGCUGCUGCCGACUUGGAUUCGGGACCGGACUCGGCGUUGGAUCCUGUCACUGACGGAGAGGACGAGAGGGACUUGAGGCUGCCUGGCCCUGGUGCUGCAGAGGAGGAGGCAGCGGCGCGGGAGGGGGGCACCCCACUGAGGACCCCGCCAGGCACCCCGGGAACCCCUCUGGGAACCCCAGCGGGCACCCUUGCUGCCGCCAGAGCCUGCACCGCGGAGCUGAGCCCCACGGCAGCCCCUGCAGUGGGGGCUGGGGGUGCAGAGCCCAACUGGCUCCCCAGCGAGGGCAGCCCCCAGACGGGACGCAGGCCGAAAGGAGUGGCCACCAGGCUGAGCCGCCGGCGGGUCUCGUGCCGGGACCUGGGCCGGGUGGACUGCGAUGGCUGGCUCCUCAGGAAGAAGGACCAUGUGGGCUUCAUGGCCCAGAAGUGGAAACGCUGCUGGUUCGUGCUGAAGGGCCACACUCUGUACUGGUACCACCACCCCAACGAUGAGAAGGCCGUGGGUCUCAUCAACGUGGCCACCUAUGACCUGGAGAGCACCAGGGAGCAGAAAAAGAAAUACGUGUUCCAGCUCUCCCACCAGAGGUACAAGCCCUUUGUCUUCGCUGCAGAAACCCUGGCUGAUCUGAGCAUGUGGGUCAGUCACCUGGUAACAGCCAAAACAAAGUACACACUGGCCAACCAGUCGGUCCCUGACAGGGAGGAAGACUGUUACAGUGAGACAGAAGCUGAGGACCCAGAUGAUGAGUCCCCCAGGCACGGAUGUGACUCGCCAAAGAGGAGGUUUCCAAACACCCCGGAGAAAGCCCAGCCCUUCCCAGCCAGCAGUGAGCCCAGCAGCUUGGCCAGCAGCCCCCAGGGCAGCCCCCGGCCCUGCUCACCCAUGGACCCCUCCGGGGAGGAUCUGGAGUGCCUGAUGCAGUGCCUGAAGCAGGGCGGGGUGUCCCUGCUGGGCCGGCAGCGGUUCCUGACGCAGGAGCAGUGCCGCAGCUCCUUCAUCCGCCGCAACAACAACCCGCACAUCAACGAGAAGGUGCACGCCGUGCGGGCCCUGCAGAGCACGCUCAAGGCGAAGCUGGUGGAGCUGCAGGCCCUGGAGCAGCUUCUCGGCGACACCGCGCUCACCUCGGAGAAGUUCAGGCGCUGGAAGGAAGAGCACCAGGAGCUGUACCAGGAGCUGAGGGAGUGGUGGGCACGGCAGGAGGGGCAGGACCCUGAAAGGGGGCUUGGGAACGAGCACAGUCCCCCCCAAGAGGCAGCCGAACCCUGACACCCCCCGGGACUUCUCUGGCAUGAACUCGUUGCAGAUAAAAAUGCCGGGAGCAAAGUGGGGGAUCAGCCCAGGCUGGGGGAUGCAUGGGGGGAUUAAGGACAUGUCUGAGGGCUCAGCCCCCGGAGUGGACAGGAGUUUUGGCUUCUCCUGCAAUCCCCCCUCCUCGGGGCAGGAUGUUGCAGUGACAGUCUUGCUUUUUUUUCCCCAAGGAUGUUUUGCCUGGGCUGCCCGUUGACAACGGGGUGGUUUUCCUGGAGGAAUGUGCCCCUGCUGGGCACACUGGAGCAGCCCGGGGGCUCUUCUGCUGUAAAUAAAACUGUCUCGACAAGG